AUGAAACCAUCAAAACUGUGCUCGACGGAGCAACGCAUCAUCAUCGAGUUGUGCCAUCAGAACGGGCAAAAUGUGGAGGAGACACUGCAAGAGCUCCAACGGAGAUUCGGAGAGAACGCGGCCGGUCGCACUCAGGUUUACCAGUGGUACACGCGAUGCAGCGCUGGCGAGCCCUGGAUACCGGACUGCGACACCCCCUCGAACGACCCGGAGAUCGAGAGGCUGCGUCUGAUGCUGCUCGAGGACAAGAGGCUCAGCGUGUCGCAGCUGUGCGAUCGUCUGGCUCUGUCGCGCGACAGGGUCGAGGCUAUAUUGCGAGACGAGCUGCGAGUCGUCCGGUGCGUCGGAAAAUUCGUGCCCGAACAGCUUGGCCAGCACGAAAAGCUCUGGAGGCUCGGAGCUUGCAAGAAGCUGCGCGAACGAUGCUCCAACGAUCCGGACUUCCUUGACAAAAUUGUCACCGGCGACGAGGUUGUUCUGUACGCCGAAAACGGAUCGGAUGAGGCGAUCGUGAAAACUACGUUCAUCGUAUUUUUUGCUAAGAGAGGAAUUGUUUAUUAUGAAUUUUUACCCCAUAGGGAGACUUUGACGGCGAUUUAUUAUUGUGAAGUAAUCAAAAGAUUGAGUUUGAGAAUAGGCGAUCAAAGAAAGUGGAUUUUACAUCAUCAUGAAGAUACAAAUGCUCAUUCAUCUCCUAAGCUGCAAGAGUAUUUGAAAAAAAAAAAUGUUGAUGUGCUGUCAUAUACACCAAAUUCUCCAGAUCUGGCACCGUGUGACAUUUUUCUCAUACCUAAAUUAAAACAAGGCUUAAAACGAGUACAGUUGCAAACUGUUAAGCAGUUACAAAAGAAAAUAAUUCAAAUUAUCAAUAACAUUAAGCUGACAGAAUUUGUAAAUGGAUUUAAUCAAUGGCAAGAAAUAUGGGAUCAAUGCAUAAAUAUAAAAGGGGAUUACUUCUGUGAUAAGCAAAACAAAAACUCAAAUAUUAGUGAUAUACAUUCACCAAAGUCAUUAAGCAGUGUUAAUUCCAAUGCUUCAAUAGUAGAUCCAUUAGAGCAGUGUAUCAACCAAAAUAUUAUUAAUGAAAACAUUGCUCCUUCAACAAGUGACUUGACUUGUGAUCAAAUAGAUUUAUCCAUAGACAAAAAUCAAUUUAGUCCAUCAAAUAGUGCCAUAAAAUUUGAAUUGCGGUAUUUCGUUUCAGAUAAUUCAAAUAAAGUCACUAAAUAUUUAGAAGGCCAAAAUAAUUUAAAAGUAGAAAUUCAAUGUCCACAAUGUCGAAUAAAAUUUCAAAGCAGUAAAUCAAUCUAUAAAACACACAUAGAAAGUUGUAGAGGAAUAUUUUAUUUGAAAUGUAUGGAUUGUAGUUAUGUCACCAUCAACAUAGAUAAUAUGAAACAUCACCUUUUCAAUAAGCAUGAACAAGAAGAUACAGAUGAUGAAAUUUUAAACAAAAUGAUUGAAACUUCUCCACGAUUGUUUUAUAAUUGUCAAAACAAAAUUAAUUACAGUUACAAAGGUUUUAAUAAACUUGAUCUUCAGGAAGUUAUGGAUCUUUAUUGUUCUAAUUGCAAUAUAACAUAUAUUGAACAAAAAACAAUUCAAUAUUGUGUAAAAUGCCAAAGCCCUUUAAAAAAUCGUUGCAUGAAUUGUAAAAAACAUUUAGAAGAUUGCCCAUCUUCAACAACACAUUUGAAUAUAGGAUGUUAUCCAAAUUUAAAUCAAGAAGACAAAAAUUUAGAAAAUAUCAGCUGCACUGAAUGCAAAUGUAUUUUUGUAAAUAGUUAUCAUUUCAAGAUGCAUUUCAAAAAUAAUUGUAAAGUUGAUACUCAACCUACCCUCGUAAAUACCUGUUUAUCUGAGUCUGAAGAAGAUUUUCUGACUGAUGAUCCCAGUCCACCGAAAAAAAUAAAACUCUUGAAAUAUUGUAUGAGAUGUUCAGCAAUAUAUGAUCACAAUGGUUUGAGAAAAUGCUUGAAAUGCAGAGAUAUUCCUUUGAUAAAUAUUUACAAACUGUGUCCUCAAUGUAAAAAAAUUUUUCAAGAUAAAGAUCACUUUGCAAAACAUGUACUACGAUGUACAUGGACUGGACCUAUUUAUGCCUGUGGUCUUUGUAAAUAUGAAGGAUAUAUUUUGCUGGAUCUUAAAGAACACAUAAUGAAUAGUCAUCAAGGAACUCGUGUAAAUAAUAUAAGCCCAAAGAAAAAUUCAAAUACUAGUUCAAAAAUUGAGUUUACGACAUCAAUCUCUAGUCCAAAGUCUGAAAAUGGUUCUAAAACUUUCUUCAAGUGCACACAUUGCAAUGCAAUCAUGAGUUCACUCAAACUAUUUCAAGAUCAUCUUUUCAAUGAAUGUAAUCCCAAUUUUUUUAAAUCUAGGCCAACUUUCAACAUUCCAAUAGCUCAGUUGAACUGUGGUCCGAAGCUUAUAAGUAAAUGUCAUGAAUGACACAUCGACGUGCG